AUGCUGUUGUUCAUCUUCCUAACAGUUCUGGCUCUGGGUGCCACGUCUCCUUCAGGUGAUGGGGAAGUGAAGCUACAGCGAGGCAACUGUCCGCAGUUCUGGUUCAGCUUCGACGGCCGCUGCUACAAAUACGUGGCCACACACGCGACCUGGGCUGACGCUGAGCUCUACUGUGUGUCCCAGAGGGCCAACCUGGUGUCCAUCCACAGUCACGCUGAAAGCAAUUUUGUCAAAGGUCUGAUCGAAAAUUAUGAUCAUUCUGAGGGACCCACCUGGAUUGGACUGAGUGACCUUCAUAAGGAAGGGCGAUGGAUGUGGUCUGAUGGAUCCCAAGUCAAUUUCCUGUUUUGGUCUGUAGGACAGCCUGACAACCAUAAUUGGAAUGAACACUGUGUACACACCACCGGCGAAGCUUCAAAAUGGAACGACGCAAUAUGUACGACAGCUCAUCCUUAUGUCUGUGCAUCCCAAGUGAAUUGCAGUUGA